GUUGAACUUGAAAGAAAAUUGGAAUCGGCUACCAAGUCAAAGCUUCACUACAAGCAACAGUGGGCAAGGGCUUUGAAAGAACUUGCAAGACUAAAACAGCGUGAGCAGGAGAAUGCUAUGGCCCGUCUCAAAAAGCAGCAGCAAGAGCUGGAGCACAUGAGACUCCGCUACUUGGCAGCAGAGGAGAAAGAACUGGGGAAAACAGAACGACAAGAGUUGGAGGAUAUCAGGAAUGAACUUAACAGGCUAAAGCAACAAGACGACAAAAAACAAUUGCAGGAUUCUGGGGAUGCUUCAUUUGGGAGAAUGGGUGGUCUUCAAGCUAGACAGUUAAAUGAGAGUAUGGACGAUUAUCUCGCGCGCCUGAUAGAAGAAAGAGAUACCUUAUUGAGAACAGGCGUGUAUAAUCACGAAGACCAUAUAGUAAGUGAACUGGAUCGUCAAAUCGGAGAGGCUCUUGCAAAAAGAAGCAGCAGUAAAUAGUGUCUUAGGAACAUGCUUUAAGUAAGUUUUACCAUAAUAAAACAAUCAGUUCUGCAGACUAGAUCAAUGAUCCUGCAGAGACUUAAGCAAAUGCUUAAUUUUCAUACUUCUAGUAAUUUUUAUUGAAGUCAGUGUAAAUACUUGCAGCAGGGUUGUGUUUUUCCUUUUGUAUUAAUAUUUUUGUACUGAGGUAAUUUAUAUAUAGAUAAAUAUAUAUUUUUUGUAUUUUCUGUUUAAACAUUUUCUACCUCUCUUCCUAUCACCCAAGCUGGAUUUAUCAGUAAUACCAUUUUAAAAUAUCCAAUCUAGACCUUUGUUUGGUAUUUUUCAUAAUUUAUUGUUUAAUGGAUUUCUUUUGAAAUAGCUUUUCAAUAAAAUUGUGCUAAGAAAAAGUGACUGCAAUAAUUUACAGUGAUAUAACUUUUUAAAAUGAUGAACUAAAAAUAUAAUGUGCUUUGAUAAAUGUCAUAUCCUCUUACAUUUGCAAAUGAUUUUAGUUUUAGUUCCUGGGGCCACAACUAAAUUAUUACUUGCCUGAAUAUUUUAUUUUAGCAUGAAGGCUUUUGAAAAAUUGACGCUUGCAAAUGACAAAGUUUGAAAUGAAAAAAAAAUGCUUAAAUUUAGCAAGCAGAAACUCCAUGAAAUAUUUAGGUAACUGAUCAUUCUUGGACUGCAAAAGGAUUUCUACUCUAAGAGUUUUACAUGAGAGGGGAUUGCAAAGAUGAAUUGCUGAUAAAAAAGAUUAAGGAUUUUAAUGAGGGGAAUAUUUAUGCAUGUGCUUAUUUUAGGAAAAUGUGGGAAAUAUUGAUUCAGUGAUUGUAACCACAUGUUUAAAUACCAAUUCAUGUUUAAUGCAAAUAAUCAGGGCUUUUUCUACAUAGGAAUAUUUCCUAAAUAAUGACUUAAUCAGCUGCAAUGACUAUAAAGCUUUAUUUUCCCCUUCAAGCUGUAUAUUUCUCAGUAAAAGCACCUACUAGUGUUUUUCAGCCUUCUGUAUCUUUUUUGAAAUUGAUACAAAAAUACUAAAAAUACAAAAUGUUAUAUGUUGGUUAAUUGACUAAGGGGGGCAGAGUAUGGAGCACAAACAGUUAUAUGGGUUUUUGUGAUAUCCAGAGUUGAAAUCAUUACAAUUCCAAGUUACAAGUCCUAGACUUGUACAGCAGAGUGGAAUUUUGCAGUGUGGAUGGUGUGUGGUUUUUAUGUACAUUUCACUAGCACAUGUUUGUUGCCUAGAUAGAUUUUACAUAUAUCUGUAUCAAAAAUGGAAACGUUUAACAUGUUUUAUUUCAGUUUUAUUUCAUACAUGAAUGAAGUUAGUUAAUUCUGAGAGAUCUUUUUUAUUUUAUUUUAUUUAUUUAUUUAUUUAUUUUAAGUGUCAUUGGACUUGUGGCAUUGGGGUCAUGUAAGUACCACUUUUUUUCUUUUAGCAACUUCCGUGUUUUGAAAUGCAGAAUUCUACCACAGAACUCUUAUUUAGCAGAAUGUUUGUUUAAGGUCAUUUGAAGAAAAUCCUAACAUUGCAUUAAAAAAAUACAGUAACAAAAAGACUUUCCAUUGGGAACCAUCACCUACUAAUGAUGUCAUAACAUGCUUUUAUAACACUAAAUAAACUUGCCAUACAUUGUAAAUGUUUAUUUUUAAUAUUAAGUGGUUUAAAGACGUUAAGAGCAAAAAAUAAAAGUUACUACUUGCAAUAAAAAUAAAUGUGUGGUCAAAAAAUAACCAUUAUAAAUGCACAAAGAAUAAUGUGGAGAUAUGAAACAUAACCAUGUAUUGCUAAUAUGUGUUCGUAGGAAAUAAAGUACAAUAACU